AUGAAGUGGGCGCUUGCUGGCCUGGUCCCAACCUUUCUGACAAUCUUACUGCUAGUUGGAGUCUUGCCGGCCGCCGCUUGGCCCUACAAUGAAUCGCUCGCCGCGUACAACCUCAACGAGAACGAAACUGCCACCAACCCCGCCGACUACUGGGGUCAAUGGCCGAACCACACGGGCGACUACUUUCCUUCGCCGGACAAUUGGCGAUUCCCUUUCUAUACCCUGAUGCUGGACCGGUUUGUGAACGGCGAUCCGACGAAUGACAAUUACAAUAAAUCCAUCUGGGAGCAUGACAUCUCGUCGACCCAGAUGCGCCACGGGGGAGAUGUCGCGGGCCUAAUCGACACGCUGGAUUAUCUGCAGGGCAUGGGAAUCAAGGUUGGUGAAGGCAAACCCGAGUCAGGGAUCUAUCUGGCCGGCACCAUCCUCAUGAACCAGCCCUGGGGAUACGACGGGUAUUCGGCGCUGGACACCACCUUGCUCGAUGGUCAUUAUGGCAAUCUGACACAAUGGCGGAAUGCCAUCACGGAGAUCCACAAGCGCGGGAUGUACGUUGUGCUCGACAAUACGAUCGCCACCAUGGGGGAUUUGAUUGGCUUCCAAGGUUACUUGAAUACCACGACACCCUUCACCGUGAAGGAGCAUCAGGUCGAGUGGAAAAGCGCCCGUCGAUACGUCGAUUUCGAUAUCGGAAACACCUAUAAUGAGACCUGCGAUUAUCCGCGAUUUUGGUAUGAGAAUGGCUACCCAGUCCAGAAGACGGUCACCGAUUCCCUCGUCGGCUGCUACGACAGUGAUUUCGAUCAGUACGGUGACAUCGAAGCCUUUGGGGUGUAUGCGGAUUGGGAGCGCGAACUAGCCAAAUUUGCCUCUGUGCAGGAUCGCCUGCGAGAAUGGCAUCCCUCAGUUCGCCAGCGAUUAAUCCGACAUUCGUGCAUGAUCAUCUACCAGCUUGAUAUUGAUGGAUUUCGCUAUGACAAGGCAACCCAGGCCACCGUCGAUGCACUUGGUGAUAUGUCGGCCGCCUAUCGCGAAUGCGCCCGGGCAGUAGGGAAGGAGAACUUCUUCAUCGCUGGAGAGAUUACCGGGGGCAAUACCUUUGGAUCUGUGUACUUGGGCCGGGGCCGACAGCCGGAUCAGUAUCCGUCCUCGGCGGAGGUGGCGAUGAAUCUCACCAAUACAUCAUUGCCGCAGUACUUCCUGCGACAGGAGGGGAUGAAUGCAAUCGAUGGCGCAGCCUUCCAUUAUUCUGUUUACCGUGCGCUCGAGCGGUUUCUCGGCAUGGAUGGGAACUUAGCCGCGGGAUAUGAUGUCCCAGUGGACUUCAUCGAGGCCUGGGAGGAGAUGGUGAUUUCAAACGACUUGGUCAACCCUAACACCGGUGUCUUCGAUCCUCGCCACAUGUACGGGGUCACCAAUCAAGAUGUGUUUCGCUGGCCAGCACUGGAGAAAGGGACUGAGCGCCAGCUGCUGGGCCUCUUUGUCACCACCUUGCUUCUGCCCGGAAUUCCUCUCCUCUUGUGGGGAGAGGAACAGGCCUUCUAUGUUCUGGACGCAACCGCGUCGAAUUACAUCUUUGGUCGCCAGGUCAUGUCGCCAGCAACGGCCUGGCAAAUGCAUGGGUGCUUCUCACUCGAUUCCUCAACCUACUAUGACUGGCCUAUCACCAAAGGUCGCCUUGCCUGCAACGAUCCAACGGUAUCUUAUGAUCAUCGGGAUCCCUCUCAUCCGGCGCGGAAUAUCAUCAAACAUAUGUACCAGAUGCGUGUGGACUUUCCCGUGCUUAAUGAUGGCUAUAACCUCACCAAACUCUCCAAUCACACGGAAGAGGUCUAUUAUCCGGGCUCGAGCGGAACAGCUACUGAGACUGGGCUGUGGUCAGUCCUGCGUGAUAUCAGCUCAGACUACCAGGACUUAGGAUCAGAUGAGAAGAACCAGGCCGUUUGGCUGGUAUACCAUAAUACCAACCGAACGAUCCAGUAUAGCUUCGACUGCGACGACAGUUCGACCGCAUUAAUUUCCCCGUUUGAUACCGGCACCUGGGUGAAGAAUCUUUUUCAUCCCUUCGAUGAGCACAAGCUAGUCAGCAGCCCGCAAAAGCUGGCCAUCAAUGGUUCUACAGCAUACAACGGCUGCUUAGCCAACAUGACCAUGGAUGCCUACGAAUUCCGCGCAUAUGUACCGCGAGAUCGCUUCGUUAAGCCCCGUCCGAUGGUAACAAGCUUCUACCCGGGCCAUGAUGCUCCAGUGCUCUCCACUGUCGCCGCCAAUGAAGACGAAACCCUCCAGAUCAAACUCUACUUUUCUGAAGCGAUGGACUGCGAUUCGGUAACGAGUGCCAUUUCACUGAACUCCUCUACGGAAGCAGGGAAGAUUCCCUCGGUGGACACAGAUAGUGUCAGUUGCAAGGCUGCUACGCUGAACGAAACCGGCAGCACAUGGGCCGGAUAUAUUCCCAGCGCGUGGAUGUGGCAGGGGAACCUGACUGGCGUCUACAACGGAAUCCAUCGCGUGACCAUCAACAACGCCAGCAAUACCUACAACAACGAGACCACGGAUGCGGUGGAUCAUUUCCUUCUGCGGGUGGGCCAGAUUGAUAACCCGAUGAUCUAUCCCAGCGCCAAUUACUCCAGUAGCCUGCUUCACCAAUUCUCCAACGGGUCCCUGUACAUCCAGCACCAUGCCGCAGGCGCAGACAAGUGGCGAUACUCCACGAAUUGGGGGUCGUCUUUCUCGGAGUGGGUGGACUAUACGGGGGGCAACACGACCAUCACAGAAAACUCGUGGUCGGGCACCAGCAAGCAGGCUUGGAAGGGCUACCAUGUUCGCACCGAAUACUGGAGCCGGUGGACAGGCAGCAGUGACUAUGUCCAAGAAGGCGACACCGGGUGGUCGCAUCAAGUUGCUCGGCGCUUUCCACACCUCUUCUGGGAGGGCCCCUACAACGAAUAUGGAUAUGAUGCUGGGCUGGACAACGUCAUACGCCAGGAUACGACAGAUGGAUUGUGGAAAUACCAUUUCACCUACGAAUGGCCAGCCUAUGGCCAGGUAAGCAUCUGGGGGAUGAACCCUGGCGGGGAGCCCGAUGAGGGAUGGGUGAUGGGCGACGCCGACAAUGACUCGGUGCUGGAUCGGAUGCCACCCUCAUCGUUAUCAACCACCGUGAUCAAUAUCACGGAGCACCCUCCUUCGCCAUAUAUUUCUUGGAAGCUGAUCAUCGACGAUGCGACGAUGAAGUAUUCUCUUUCUCCCGUGGGACACCAAGCUACACAGAUCGCGAUGUUUGUGUUGUUUUGGAUUGUGCCGCCUCUCUCGGCUGCGGCCUGCGCUUGGCUCUUCAUGAAGUCCUUUUACAAGGUCAAGUUCAAUGCGGUGGGUGCGAGUCAGAAACAACCAGUCUUCUCAAUUGCUCUACGCCGCCGAUUGUUCAAGAAGGACCACACCGGAGGAGGGGACUACAGCCGACUCAACCCCUUGAUGCGGCUGGCAAACAAAUCGGGGUUGCUGCAGACGGCCAACCCCAUCAUCAGCGCUGCAGCCGGCAAGCGACGCAUGGUCUUGAUUGCGACGAUGGAAUAUGAUAUUGAAGAUUGGGAGAUCAAGAUCAAAAUCGGCGGUCUCGGGGUGAUGGCACAAUUGAUGGGGAAGACCCUCAGCCACCAGGAUCUUAUCUGGGUAGUUCCCUGCGUUGGAGGGGUGGACUACCCUGUCGAUACUCCGGCUGAGCCUAUGGAGGUGACUAUCAUGGGUACGAUAUAUGAGGUGCAGGUCCAGUACCACAUCCUGAAUAAUAUCACCUAUAUUCUUCUUGAUGCGCCUGUGUUCCGCCAGCAAACCAAAGCCGACCCCUACCCAGCCCGCAUGGAUGAUCUUCAUAGUGCGGUAUACUACUCGGCGUGGAACCAGUGUAUUGCAGCCGCCUGCAAACGGUUUCCCAUUGAUCUGUACCAUAUCAACGACUACCAUGGGUCCCUGGCACCUUUGUACUUGCUGCCUGAGACGAUUCCCGUCUGCCUCUCCUUGCACAAUGCAGAAUUCCAGGGUCUGUGGCCGUUGCGAACGUCCAGUGAGCGGGAAGAGGUUCGAUCAGUCUUUAACCUCAGUGCCGAGGUAGUGCAACAGUAUGUGCAAUUUGGAGAGGUGUUCAACCUCCUUCAUGCUGGGGCAAGCUAUUUGCGCGUUCAUCAGCACGGCUAUGGAGCGGUGGGUGUGUCGCGCAAGUAUGGUAAGCGGUCCUAUGCCCGGUACCCUAUCUUCUGGGGGUUGCACAAAGUAGGCAACUUGCCGAAUCCCGAUCCGUCUGACUUGGGCGAAUGGAGUCCGGAGCAAGCCUUGGCCGCACAGCGUGAUAAUGUGGAGGUCGAUUCCGACUAUGAACAAGGGCGCGCUGCUCUCAGGCUCCAGGCGCAAGAAUGGGCUGGUCUCGAGCCGAACCCCGAUGCUGAGCUUUUUGUGUUCGUCGGUCGCUGGUCCAUGCAAAAAGGCAUUGACCUGAUUGCCGAUAUCAUGCCCUCGAUUCUAGAGACCCACCCGGGAGUCCAAUUGAUCUGUGUCGGGCCUGUUAUUGACUUGUAUGGGAAGUUUGCCGCCCUGAAGCUGGACCACAUCAUGAAGCGUUAUCCGGGUCGAGUGUUUUCGCGGCCUGAAUUCACCUCCCUCCCCCCGUAUAUCUUCUCGGGGGCAGAGUUUGCGCUGAUUCCCUCGCGCGACGAGCCCUUUGGUCUGGUGGCAGUUGAAUUCGGUCGAAAGGGGGCAUUAGGAGUGGGUGCUCGGGUCGGUGGGCUGGGCCAGAUGCCGGGCUGGUGGUAUAAUGUCGAGUCAACCUCAACCUAUCAUCUUCUCGACCAGUUCAAACAAGCUAUCGACGCUGCCUUGGACUCGAAGCCGGCGAUCCGGGCCCAGAUGCGGGCUCGUUCCGCGAAACAACGCUUUCCAGUGGCGCAGUGGGUGGAGGACCUGGAGAUCCUCCAGACCACAGCAAUUCGCGUCCACAAAAAGGCGGCCAAAGGAAAUGCCAGUGGCCGCUCUUCAACCCUGUCAGGGCUUGCUUUGCACGAGUCCAGCGGGUUGAACCGACCGCUACACUCUGCUUCAGGACUGCCAUCAGGAAUGCAGACCCCCCUGAGUCCUUCGCGUGACAGCAGCUAUACCAACCUCAACCGAUUGAGUGAGUUCAUCGCCAAACCGGAGUCCGGCGAACGAGUGGUCUCCGGCCUGCAACGCAAACUUUCACUGGGUGUGCGUUCCGGCCCCGGCCAUCAGCCUCGCGCCAUCCGGGGCGAAGGGCCAACAGAUGAUCUGUCUGUCAUGGAGGAGAGCCUUGAAGAACACGCCGCUGCCGAUGUCGAUCCGGAUCAUGCUCAAGACAACGAAUACACCCCCACCUCUGCGGAAUUAGAGGCCGCGCGCCGCAUGCAAGCUGCUCAGCAGUCGGGGCUAACGGCUGUGCCUAGCUCGCGAAUCUCCAGCUACAGUCAACUUCAAAUUCCAACAUCUCCCGGCACACCCCGAACGAGUUCGAUGGGCGAAAUGGGGCUGUUGCCUCCCAUGGGCUUCAGUGAGGUCAACCACCGGCUGAGCAGUGCAUCCUUACUAUCGGUUGACAUGGUCACGGGGCAGAAGAAGGAUUUCCGACUGCAGAAAGUGGAUCCCUUUUUCACGGAUAGCACCGGCGAGUACCAUGCUCUGUUCGAUCAGAAAUUGCAGAAUCUGACCGGUGGCAACUCGGAGUCCGAGCUGUGCAUCGAGAAGUUUCUCAUUACCAGCGAAAAAGAGUGGUUUGAGCGAUUCCACGACGCAAAGCUGGGUCGCCUAAAAUCCCCAGCACCGUCUAUCUUCCGCGAUGACAAGAACGGCGCAUCUUCUGUCUCUAUCAAUACUCGCGAGGACCGAAGCAUCACCAAUUGCAGCAGCAGCCACGACCAUGGAUCGGAACCGGAUGAUGAAUUCCUGCUCGGCAAGGACUACAGGCCUCCUUCCGGUGUGAAACUCUGGAUGCAAAUUCGCCUCGGAAACUGGCCGAUCUAUUCCAUCUUACUCGCUUUUGGCCAGAUCAUCGCGGCCAAUUCCUAUCAGAUUACUCUGUUGACGGGCGAGGUUGGCGAAACUGCGGUCAAACUAUAUGGAAUCGCAACCACCUAUCUUGUUGCUUCGAUUUGCUGGUGGCUGAUCUACCGGUAUUACAAGAUGGCCGUUUGCCUUUCUCUUCCCUGGGCCUUUUAUGGGGUAGCAUUCAUGCUCAUUGGCUCUGCGCAUUGGACCACAAACUCCUUCGCCCGCGGGUGGAUCCAGAAUGUUGGAACCGGUGCUUAUGCCGUCGCGUCAGCCAGCGGAUCCAUGUUUUUCGCCUUGAAUUUCGGCGACGAGGGAGGCGCUCCCAUGGAGGUCUGGAUCUUCCGGGCUUGUCUGACUCAGGGGUUGCAAUCCGCAUAUGUUAUUGCCCUCUGGUAUUGGGGCUCGGUCUUGACGAAAGCCUCGAGUGAUGGGGUUUCGACGACCACUGAUGGGGUCUCUGGCUCCUGGAAAAUGACUGCCAUCUGCUACCCCAUUGCAGUAGUGCUGGCUGCUGUUGGGCUUCUGCUGUUCCACGGACUGCCCAACUACUAUCAUCAAUCCCCGGGCAAGAUCGCCUCUUUCUACAAGGCCGUUGUUCGUCGAAAGAUUGUGCUCUGGAAUAUCGUCUAUGUCCUGCUAGCGAACUUUUUCCUCAGUGCGCCCUAUGGCCGAAACUGGAACUUCCUCUGGUCCUCAAGCCACGCUCAUGCCUGGCAAAUUGUUAUCUUGUGUAUUGUCUUCUUCGGGUUUGUCUGGGCGGGUUUCCUGUUCAUCGUGAGCCGGUAUCUGAAGGCCCACAGCUGGUUCCUCCCCCUGAUAGCCUGCGGGCUGCUGGCCCCACGGUGGGCGCAGAUCUGGUGGGCCACUUCAGGAAUAGGGUACUACCUGCCCUGGGUCUCUGGAGGCUAUGUCGGAGGGGCGCUCGCAUCCCGCAGUCUCUGGCUCUGGCUUGGGGUCCUCGAUAGUAUCCAGGGUCUCGGAUUCGGCAUCAUUCUGCUCCAAACCCUGACGCGGACACACAUGCUCUUCACCUUGAUCUGCUCCCAAGUGUUCGGAUCCAUCGCGACCAUCGCGGCCCGAGGCUUUGGCCCCAACAAGCUCGGCCCCGGCCCAGUCUCUCCUGACCCUACCUUUGGGGCCAGCGCGGUGGCGAAUGCAUGGUUCUGGGUUGCCUUAUUCUGCCAAUUGAUUAUCUGUGCUGGCUUUUUGCUUUUCUUCCGCAAAGAACAGCUGGCGAAGCCCUGA